UUGGAUUUAUAAAAUAAAGGAAAAUUGUCUCUUUUUAAGUUAAAACUUCAUAACUAUAUUUUAAUUUGUAUUGCGUUUUACGCCAAUUAUUAAGCGUGCAUAAAUGCUACUAACUGACGUGUAUUAAAGUUGCCGACUGUUUUUGUGUCGCGUAAACAAGGGCGUUAACCGAGGUAUUUUGAAAGAAGUAUAAUAGCAAUGUACGGAAAAAAAGCUCCUUCGACUUAUAGAUCAACGCCUUCUGUAUACUCACAUUAUACAGGAAAGUCAUCUACAAAUCUUCGCUCAUCAAAAUCCGUUAAAUCUCUACGAGUACCAUGGUACCAGAAGCCAAUCCUUCAUGAUGCUUUUGUUUUGGACUUGCAAAGAGGUUCAUUACUAACAGGAUCUCUGGCUGUGUUUAUAGCUUUAUUUACAUUUGCCCAGAGUAUAUUUGACUUGUAUUGCCUUGGAAUGGCAACACCUGGUUCAGUGCAUUAUGGAUACUAUGUGAUGAGCUAUCAAUUUGUUUAUGUAGGUAGUGCACCUGUUCGCAAUGUUCUCAUUGUGUUUUCAUUAUUUUCCUGGAUUGGAUCUGUUGCAGUAUUAGUCACUAGUAUUAUGCUUAUAAGUGCUUUGCGAAAAGAACAUGAAAAGCGCAUCGUCCCUUGGUUGUAUGCUUUUGGAGUAUUUAUAUUAUUUCGUGCAGUUGCAUUUAUAUUUGCCUCCAUAGUAAAUGACAUGAUAUUUGCAUACAAUAUAUUAAUGUGCCUUUUUUGGAUUGUUUUUACUGUCAGUGGCAUCUAUGGAUGGUUACUAGUAUAUAGUUUAUAUUUGGAACUAGCUGACUUGACAAAGUUGGAAGAUUUGGCACAUUUACGAAUGGGUACCAUGGCAUCUCUUAAUGCGUCUUUAGCUGGUUCAAGACCCACAACUCCACACUCAACAGUAUCUACCAUGCCGGCUUCACAAAUUUGAUAUGAAAUAACGCCUACUCUUGAAAUGGAACCAAUGCUUAAUGAUGCAAAUGAGAGUAGUCUUGAAACUCCAGUCUGAAUGGACCUAAAUAAAGUGUAACAUGUUAUAAUUUACAAUGAUUAGGAUCUUAAGAGUUAAUAAUAUUAUCAAGUUAUAUUGAAAAUAUGUGCCUUAAUUAAUUGGGUCAAUAAAACAAAAUAAAAUAAAUAUCUUAAAUAAGAGUG